AUUAUUCAUAAAAAUUGAUAACUCGAUUUUUGAUCAAAAUUCACGUUCAAAUUCUUGUAAAAUCGCUAUAAAAUUCAUUUAAUAUUUUUUCGUGGAUCAAAUUUUUAUCUCGAACGAUCAAAAUUCAAGUUCUCACUGUAACAUAUCGAUAUACCUACUUAAAGAUGUACGUAAGAACAUUAUUAUUUCUUCACAUAUGUGCGGUGUUUUACGUCGUCCAGUGGCCCAUUCCAGUAGACAGUUGCAACGAAGCUGUUUGUGCCAGUACAGUUAGUAAAUGUUUAAUUACUCAAGCUUGUAAAUGCGACCUGAAAAGCUGUUCGUGUUGUAAGGACUGUUUCAAUUGCUUGAGUCAUCUAUGGAGCGAAUGCUGCUCUUGCGUUGAAAUGUGCCCAAAACCGAAAGUCACCAAAACCGGAUUGAGUAAAAUGAGCCAUGUAGAAGAUCUUUACGACCCGAUCCCUACUUUAUUUCAUUCUUUGGUAGCAGAAAACGAUAAUUUGGAAAGAUGGUAUUCGUUGACUUUCCCCAUCGAUAUGAAUCCCGCCGCUUACAGACCAGAAAUAAAAAAAGAUCCGGCGACGAUGAUGCAAACUAACGAACAAGAGGUCGAUCCUAGCAAAGAUAUCGUGACUUUUAAUUGCUCUGUAGCGUUUAUGGCUUCGUGUAUGCCUUGGAAUAAAUGCCGAGCUUCGUGUCAGUCCAUGGGAGCUAAUAGUUAUCGUUGGUUUCAUGACGGAUGUUGCGAGUGCGUUGGAGAAAAAUGUCCGGAUUAUGGAGUCAACGAGAGCAAAUGUGCUCGAUGUCCACCUCCUGAAAUCGUGCAACCUGAUAUCCAACUGGAUUUCGGUGAAGAAGAAUCGCCCGAUGUUCUGUCCUGAAACCAUAGUCAGUGAAAAUUGAUCCGAAUCCUAUUGUGAGAAACAUCGCGAAUUUUUAAAUGUUCCAAAUCUGAAACUUCUCGUCGUAUCCGUUUCUUCCAAUUUCAAGAAACAUGAGUAUUAUUUUGCGUAUUUGUUCUAUAUUUUCUACGGAUAGUAUGAAGAAGAUCUGAGAUUUUGUAUAGUUAUUAAUUGUAUCGAAAACAAUGUGCCUUAUUUUUCAUUGUGAUAUUUUAUCUUUUUUACAUGAAAUUCUCAUGCUAUGUUUGUCUUCCAUUACGUGAUAGAUUUUCGGUUAGUAAUUAAGUUAUUCUAUUAAUUCUAAAGAACAAGAAAAAGACUUGCAAUUUUGCUCCUUUUAUUUUUUGUUUAUCAUUAUUUGUUUCUCUCGUGUUUUCGCAGCUUACCAGUAUUUUGCAUUUUUAUUUUUCUCUUGUCGUAUUUGAAUAUUUUAUGUGUAAGUAAUAUUGUGCCAUGACUAUUUUUGUACGUUCUUCUUUGUAUUGUAGGAUUAUUGGAAAUAUAUCAUUCUUAUGA